AGAGUCUCACUGCUACCCUUGGUAGAGUGCCGUGGCAUCACAGCUCACAGCAACCUCAAACUCUUGGGCUAAAGCGAUUCUCUUGCCUCAGCCUCCAAAUAGCUGGGACUAUAGGUGCCUGCCACAACACCUGGCUACUUUUUAGAGAUGAGGUCUGGCUCUGGCUCAGGCUGGUUUCGAACUCGUGAGCUCAGGCAAUCUACCCAUCUCUGCCUCUCAGAGUGUUAGGCUUACAGGCAUGAGCCACUGCCCCUGGCAUCCUAUUCUUUCUUUAUGGGCACAGACACACACAUGCAUGUCCCAAAAGUCUCAGGACAGGUGAAGAGAUGUAUUCUCCUUUUCUUUCCAAAAUUUGAUAGCGCUAGCAUGGUCUUGAGGGACUGCUGGAAAACACCUGAGGGCAGGUGAAUCUAGUGGGGGUGCCUAUGUGGGGCCCUAACCUGUGGGGCCUAUGUGCCACUUGCCCCUUUGCUAAAAUAAGCUUUGCUCCCACCUUCCAGUCUACCACCCAAAGAGGGUGGAGGGACAGUGUGGGGGUGGUAGUGGAGUCAGUCCAGGCUAGAGGAAAUCUUGGCCCAGCAUUUGCUCAAAGGCUGUAGCUAGAAGCAGAUGGGUGGAGAGAGUGGGAAGACAGUAGCCUCCUUAAAGGACCAUCUGCGAGAUGAUCCAGCCAUCUAGGGAGCUGCUGUUAGGUGGUUUCAGAGAAUUGUUUAACAGCAAUGCAACUCUCUUAUCUAGAAAGGGGCCUGCCUGGAGUCCUGGUAAGCUGGUCUCCCAAGACACCAGGUACACCAGAGCCCUGGGGUAACCCUCUCUUUGCAUAAGGCCCGAUAGUCUACCAAAUAAACUUAUCUAUCAAGCACAACCUACCCCUCCCAGGAAUAUCAGAGAGUGUGGUUGUCCUCAUUUGCCAGAGGAGAAAACAGGCUCAGAGAGGGGAGGAGACUUCCCUGAAGUCACACAGUUAAUGUGAAGCAGAGUCAGGGCACAAACCUAGGGCUCCAGACUUCAGCCAGGAACCUUUCAGGAAGCCACAGUUGCCCCUGGAAGCCAAGCUCAGCCUCUCAGAAGCAUUUGUGCUUCACAUUUCUUGGGUAGGAGCUAGGGCCUGGUCAGAACCUAUUAUGAAUUUCAAUUAGGGCUUUUGUUGUCUUUAUAAACAGAACAACAACCCCCUUUUUCUUUCUCUUUGAUGAAGGAAAAUGAGACAUUUGCAGAAUGUCUGUCUCUAACCUUGGCGUGUGCUUGGGGUUUCCUUCCUUCCUGCUUCCCCCAUAUAGGGUUCAGUUUUCUGCUGUCCCCCAGGCAUUGGUAACAGGUACACAAGCCUCUACUGCCUCCCUCUGACUAGGGUUGUACUCUGGACACUCUGGGCACCCCAGUGCAUGGGAUAAGCAAGAUAAAACAAGAAGGUGUUGGGAACCCUGUAAGAGAGGCAGAGCAGGUCAGAAUCUCUGAAUUUCACAGGACUAGAGAAUGAGCAAACUAGAACCCAGCACAGCUGCUCCUGGGCCGAGCCAUGCUUUGAGCCCACCCCCGCUCCACCUACCAGAGCAGCAAGAGCUCUGCAGAGGCAUGAUUGAGCAGGCAUGGGGAGACACCAUGUAGGGGACUUCCAGGAGCAAAUGGCAAUUCGGGGAGAGCCCUCACAGAAGAUAUUGGACCCUAACAGAUAAAGAUUAACUGGAGAGCCUCCCCCAAGAGGAGAUACGGGGCUGACAGUUUGCCUCUGCUCCUAUUCCCUUUGAAGAUAAAGGCUCUCCUCAUAGUAGGGGUAUCCUUUCUAUGGAAGAUGAGUUUUCAUGGUCAAAUCCCCCAUCAGGAGAGUACAUUGCUUUAUAGUUUCCAAAUGUUUCUAGCUUAUUAGAUGAUUUGAUCAGAGAUGUGCAGUAUCUUGUCCAAGGUCAAACAGAGGAGUGGAGGAGCUGGGAAGCAAAUCCAGAUGCUAGUCCUCUAAAAGCUGCCCCCAUGCUACUGUGAUGGGACACGAAGGGUGGUAGUCAGUUCUGCCAGUUUGAGUCCAGCUCCAGUACCGGGUGUGGCAUUGGAGGAAAUCUCUUGAUGCACCUGCUGGGUGCAGAAGAGAGGACUAAAUUUCAUGAUAGCAGAGUCAGGGAAUGUGCUAGGCACUCCCAGGGAGCGAUGAUUAAGGGACUGGUGACAGUCCAGAGGGCAGCCGAUCUGGCCCAGGUUUCAGGACUGUCAGCAGAUCUAGACACCAACCACAGCCACAGAGGACAUACAGCUGGGCAGGAUAGUUCAUAGAUCAGAUGACAAAAUUGGUUUGAAUCUGGAUCUUAAAAACUCUUUAAACUCUUUCAUCCUGAUGGUAACAGGAUGAAAUUUGAUAGGGAAGAUUUAAGGUCCAGCCUCUCCACAUAUGGAAUAGAGGCUUAGCAGUGCACAGGUGAAAAGGAUCUGGGGGUUUCAGUUGACUAUAAGCUCCACCUGCGUUAAGAACAUGGCUGUUGUCAAGAAAGUUCUUAGAAGACACCUGGUGCUGUGCUUGCUGCCUGGCUCUGAGAGGGACACUGGCAAUCUGGAAAACUUUCUUUUUUUUUUUUUUUUGUGGUUUUUGGCCGGGGCUGGGUUUGAACCCGCCACCUCCAGCAUAUGGGACGGCACCCUACUCCUUGAGCCACAGGAGCCUCCUGCAAUCUGGAAAACUUUCAAAGGGAAGUUAUUUGGAUGGACUUGGAGCUGAGCUGUGAGGCUUGGUAAAAUCUCCAAGGAUGGGCAGCUUGAUACUAGGGGAAAACUCAGGGUGGCAGCAUAAAAUUUGACAGUCUUGGAAGGGCUGUCAUGUGGCUGAGAAAGCAACCCUACUCUAGGUCUUUGGAGCAGAUCCCAGCUCAUGAUAACAAUAAGAACUGAGUAUAGUGCCCUGCGAGGUGCCUCAUUCCUGUAAUCCUGGGAAGCAGAAGAGAGUAGAUUGCCUGGGCUCAGUAAUUUGAGACCAGCCUGAGCCAGACCGGGAGACCUCGUCUCUAAAAAUAGUCAGGUGUUGUGGCGGGUGCCUGUAGUCCCAGCUACUUGGAAGGCUGAGGCAAGAGAAUCGCUUGAGCCCAAAAGUUUGAGGUUGCUGUGAGGUAUGACGCCAGGGCGCUCCUGCUCUACUGAGGGUGAAAAAGGAAGACUGUCUCAAAAACAAGAACUGACAGUGAAUGUCAGCUAGCAAGAAGCUUCGACCUGCAUAAAUCAGAGGCCAUGCUCCGGAAGCAUGUGGAGUUCCGUAAGCAAAAGGACAUUGACAACAUCAUUAGCUGGAAGCCUCCAGAGGUGAUCCAACAGUAUCUGUCAGGGGGCAUGUGCGGCUAUGACCUUGAUGGCUGCCCAGUCUGGUAUGAUAUCAUUGGACCUCUGGAUGCCAAGGGUUUGCUGUUCUCAGCUACCAAACAGGACCUGCUCAGGACUAAGAUGCGGGACUGUGAGCUGCUUCUGCAGGAGUGUGCCCGCCAGACUGCAAAGUUGGGAAAGAAGAUAGAGACCAUCACCAUGAUUUAUGACUGUGAGGGGCUUGGCCUUAAGCAUCUCUGGAAGCCUGCUGUGGAAGCCUAUGGAGAGUUUCUCUGCAUGUUUGAAGAAAAUUAUCCUGAAACACUGAAGCGUCUUUUUGUUGUUAAAGCCCCCAAGCUGUUUCCUGUGGCCUAUAACCUCAUCAAACCCUUCCUGAGUGAGGACACUCGUAAGAAGAUCAUGGUCCUGGGAGCAAACUGGAAGGAGGUUGUACUGAAACAUAUUAGCCCUGACCAGGUGCCUGUGGAGUAUGGGGGCACCAUGACUGACCCUGAUGGAAACCCCAAGUGUAAGACCAAGAUCAACUAUGGGGGUGAUAUCCCCAAGAAGUAUUAUGUGCGAGACCAGGUAAAACAACAGUAUGAACAUAGCGUACAGAUUUCCCGUGGCUCCUCCCAUCAAGUGGAGUAUGAGAUCCUCUUUCCUGGCUGUGUCCUCAGGUGGCAGUUUAUGUCGGAUGGGGCAGAUAUUGGUUUUGGGAUUUUCCUGAAGACCAAGAUGGGAGAGAGGCAGCGGGCAGGGGAGAUGACAGAGGUGCUGCCCAACCAGAGGUACAACUCCCACCUGGUCCCUGAAGAUGGGACCCUCACCUGCAGUGACCCUGGUAUCUAUGUCCUGCGGUUUGACAACACCUACAGCUUCAUUCAUGCCAAGAAGGUCAGUUUCUCUGUGGAGGUCCUGCUUCCAGACAAAGCCUCAGAAGAGAAGAUGAAACAGCUGGGGGAAGUUACCCCCAAAUAACGCCUUCUCUUACAGCA